GGCUUGGUAAAGCUUUCGUGAGCCUCAUCCUUCUCGAACAAUCAACCUCACCUUGCAAUCAAGGUGUGAAACACUCACAUCCACUAAGGAGUCUCUGGUCGCGGAUGGGCCAGCCCUGCAUAUUGGGAGUGCUUGGUCCUCCGAAGGUCAUGGGAAAGUGACAACAACACACACAACACAACAACACAAACUCAACACAAGACCCUCAUACCGUUGCUGUAUCGCCCACCGUCGACCAUGGUCGUCCUUUCAUGGUUGUUCGGCUAUCCCACGCCAGCGAACGGCGGACUCAACAAACCUCCAUCAACAACGGCCGCAACAUCAGCGCCAGUCACACCUCCAGCGGCGCUACCUCCACGAGCGCCAUCACCCGCCCCUCAACCACAAGAACGCCCAACCUCAACACGUCCCGACCUCACCAGCCAUUUUCUCUCACAACGCUCCAUGCGCCAACUAGGCCUCUUCCUCGGCGGCGCCGGCUUCUUCUACUGGUCGCUGAGACUGUCACGGCGGGCCAUCACGCGCCACCAGCUCGCCGCCCAGCUCAAGUUCUACCAGCCCAGCCACCAGUUUGCCGCCUGGAGCCGCUCCUCCUCCUCGUCGUCGUCGGCGGCACAGCAAGCGCUGCCCAAGCGCGACCCGCUGGUCGCCAUCGAGGCGCUCAAUCUAGCCACGCUCAACACCCUCACCUUUGCCAUGGCGGCCGUCGGCGGGGUGGCCUGGGCGUUUGACAUCUCGUCGGUGGAGGAGCUGAGGCGCAUCACGAGGCGGUCGAUUGUGGAGGCUGGCGGGGAGGUGGAUGAGGAGGCGGAGAGAGAGGUGGUUGAGUGGGUUGCCAAGACGUUUGGGAUUGAAAAGAAGAAAGGGGGAGAGGAAGGGGAAGGGGAGAAAAAGGGCCCAUGAUGACUGUGUAGGAGCAAGGAAUUUGAGUGCGGGUGUGAGACAUGGAUGCUCCUGCGUGCUCCUGGAAGAUGGAUAGCUGGGAUUUUUUUAUGACGACGUAGCACUUGUCUAGAGGCGGACUAGGAAUGCGUUCGGAAUGUGUGGGAUGUUGGUGGUUCAGUGUAGUACAUGAACCGGUCAUGUGUGAAUUUGUAAACAACAAUUUGACAUCUCCCAUCUCCAGGGCAACUACUGACCAAGGACGUUGGCUACAAACAUACAUACGGCUACUAACGGUAUACUAGACAAGAAAGACUGUAGAUUACGGAAGAGACUAUAGAUCAGCUCUAAGCAC